GCGGGGCCAGGGCGCACCUGGGGGCGGCUCCCCGUGCUCCGGCCCGGGGCUGUGCUCUAAUCAGGCUCCAGCGGAGGAGGGGCCGAGCUCGGCCGCCAGGCGAGCCGCGCUGCCCCCCCAGCAGCCAUGGCGGAGGCGUAGCGAGCCAGCCGGCCAGCGGAGCGCGCACCGCCGGAGGAGGAGCGGAAAGUUGCCCUGCCCGGGGCCAUGCCCGCCGGGCGCACGGGCUGGGGGCCGGGCACAGCCAGCGGCAGCGGCCGGCGGAGAUAGGGAGGGAGCCGGCGGGGGCGGCAGCAGCGGCAUGGCUUCCAAGGAGCGGCUCUACGAGCUCUGGAUGCUCUACUUCGCCAAGAAAGACUUGAGCUACCUGCAACAGUGGCUGGAGGCGUUUGUCAUGAACUUUGAAAAGAUCAUCGUGGUGCAGUCUUUGGACCCGAGGAGGCCAGAAGAUUCAGUGUCUGAGAUCCCGCUGCUCCCACGCGACGUCCUGCAUGUGCUGAGCCAACAGCUGGCGCACUGCGUGGCCCAGAUUGCCCGCGAGGAGGCGGCCGAGGCGGGCCUUGGCCAGGCGCUCUUGCACGUCAAGUUCUUUAUCAUCAUCUGCAGGAAUUUAGAAAAUGUCCAAGCCGACAGGACGCCAGUUUUUAUCCACGAGGUGCUUAGGUUGCUGGUGGCAUGUACAGCCAAGCUAAAGAACACCGCGGAGCAGUGUGCCCCCAGCAGGUCUCAGCUAGAGACCGUAACCGUCUAUGCAUUGCACCUCUACGAAUGCCUCUUCGACCCCUACCAGACGUGGAGGCGGCAGCUGAGUGGGGAAAUCAUCAGCAUGAAAGAGAAAAGCAAAUACAAGUUUGCACCAGCUGCUUUGCCUCUAGAGUUCAGCACUUUCUUCCAAGGGAGCUUCCAGGACGAGGCGCAGCUUCCCGAAGCGCUCCAGCUGCGACUCAUCCACCUCUUGGGAGCCAUUAUCUCUGGAGCCAAGCAAAAUGCCCUGCAGGUGAUCACGCCGGCCUCUGUUGAGGUCCUCAUGCUGGUGCUCAGGCGGUGGUGCUCCCCCCGGAACGGAGACACCAAGGACCCCAAACUACUGCAGCUGACCUUGAAGAGCCUGGUGGGAAUGAUUCACAUCCUGCACGCCAGCAACCCGGGCCAGCGCAAGGUGGAGAUCAGGACCAUCUUGGACAGCUACUUCAAGGUCCUCAACUCCGACCAACCCAUGGCCUCUCUGGAAGGCCCGCCGGCCGCUCGCUGGGAGGAGGGCAUGAUUGCUCUCAGGGUGAACAUGCUGGAUGCAAUUCCAGAAAUGCUGAAUUGUGGCGACCGGCCAGUCCUGCAAGCCAUGUUCCUCAGCAACAACUGCUUCGAACACAUCAUCCGGCUGAUCCAGAACAGCAAGGUGUUCGACAGCAGUUCUGACGCUAUCGCGGUUCAUGCCAUCAGUGUGCUCACCUCCAUCAUGAGCAAUUCACCGUCGGCCAAGGAGGUGUUCAAAGAAAGGAUUGGCUACUCCCACUUGUUCGAAGUUCUCAGGUGCCAGAGCCAACCCACCGCCCGCCUGCUUGAGGAGCUCCUGAACAUGGCAGUAGAAGGCGACCACAACGCCUUCCCUGUCCGACUCAUCCGCAACGAACAGCCGCUGCUGAUGCUCAUCGCGUGGCUCCCCGAGCUGAAGUCACGGGACCUGCAGGUGUUCCUGUCCGACUGGCUGAAGAGGGUCUGCGACGCCUCCCUGCCGAGCCGCGUGACCUGCGUCAAGGCGGGGAUGGUCAGCUGCCUCCUGGACGCCCUGGGCGCUGAGCGGGAGCUGGACCGGAAGUGCUCCGAAAACCUCAUCUACCUUCUGCAGGUGCUGGGCGGCCUUUCCAUCCGGCCGGGUGAGCUCCGUCAGCUCAUCAGGCUCCUCGGGACAGAGCCCGGCAAGGGGCCCCACCCUUACACCACGCUGGUCAUCCGGGCGCUCUCUGGCAUGGCGAGGAAGGACCGGUCCGAGAGGGCGCUACAGUACUUCGACCUGACGCCAAGUAUGGCGGGAAUUAUGGUGCCGGCCAUCCAGAAAUGGCCUGGGAGUGGCUUUGCCUUCCACGCCUGGGUCUGUCUGAACGAGGAGCCCGGAGACUUGCCAGAUCUGCCCACGAGGCUGAAGCGGAAACAGCUAUACAGCUUUUUCACGGCCAGCGGCACCGGCUUCGAAGCGUUCUUCACGGCCGACGGGAUGCUGGUGGUGGCGGUGUGCACCAAGAAGGAAUAUAUGACGGUGGCGCUCCCAGACUUCACCUUCAACGAUUCUGCAUGGCACUGCAUCGACAUCGUCCACGUCACCGGCCGCCGGCCCUUUGGCCAGAACCUGGUCAACAUCUACACAGACGGGCAGCUGCAGCAAGUGGCUCAGUUGCGCUUUCCUUCCCUCAAUGAGUCUUUCACCUCGUGUUGCAUCGGCUCUGCUGGCCACCGGACAACGACCACCUCCACGGUCUACCCCUCGCCUUCCCAUUCGCCGGAGCCUGCCUUCCCCUCCCACCCCUCCCUCAGCCGCUCCCAAUCCUUCCCUGCCUCGCUGGCUACGCACUCCUGGACUCCCGGGGCCGCUCAGCCCCCCAGAGAAGGCCAGGUGUCCACAACAGUGGCAGGGAGUCAGGACACAGAGUGGGGGACCCCUACGUCCCUCGAAGGACACCUGGGGUCGGUGUCCAUCUUCUGCGAAGCCCUCCAGCAGACGCAGGUCAAAGCACUUUUCUCCUCAGGACCAAACGUUACGUCGCCGCUCAAGCCGGAAGGCGACUUCCUGGAACUCAGCAGCAAACUGCUCCUCUACUACACACCCCAGGCUUGUAAAAAUAACAUCUGCCUGGACCUGUCUCCAAACCAUUUUUUUGACGGGAGGCUGACCGGACACAAAGUGGUGAACUGGGAUAUCAAGGACGUGGUGAACUGCGUUGGCGGGAUGGGGGUGCUCCUCCCGUUGCUGGACCAAGUGGCGGCCGAGAGAAAAGAAUCGGAGGACAGCCAGGAAACCCACGACCUGGUUGGGCCCGAACUGACCUCCUCGCGGAAUCGCCAAGGAAUGCUCAUCCCCCUGGGCAAGUCCUCUGAGGGCAGACUGGAGAAGAACGGCGUGGCUGCGUUUCUGCUACUGGUCAAGAACUUCAUCCGGCAUCACCCCGUGAACCAGGAGAGCCUCGUGCAGUGCCACGGGCCGGCGAUCAUUGGAGCUCUGCUGCAGAAGGUCUCCAGCCUCAUGAUGGACAUGAACGUGCUGAUGGCCUCGCAGAUCCUGAUGGAGCAGGUGGCUGCCGAGAGCCACAGUUUCCUGCUGCACCUCCUGUACCAGUACCUGCUCUUCGACUUCCGCAUCUGGAGCAAGAGUGACUUCGCCGUCCGGCUAGGUCACAUUCAGUAUUUAUCAAACACCAUCAAGGACCACAAGCAGAGGAUCCGCAAGAAAUACGGGGUCCAAUACAUCCUGGACUCCAUUCGGACAUAUUACGGCGCUCACAAGGAGAAGCCGAUUCCCGCGGACGACGUGAAGACGGUGCAGAUGUCCCUGUUCAGCCUGGUGAAGGACUUCCUCUGCAGGAGCUUCUCGGCCGACGAGAUGCAAAGCGCCCUGAACUACCUGGCUGCGGUGCACGAUGAACACCAGGUGUGUGGGGUUCUGGAGGUGAUCCAAAGCUUGCUGAAAGACUCGGCCUCCCAGGACCAGCUCUACGCUUUCCUCUUUGAGUCGGGGAACGUGGAGGUCCUGUUCUCGCUGCUCGUCCAGAGGAAGUUCUCCGAUGACGUACGGGAGAGAGUCUUCAAGGUCCUGUACAAGAUGCUGAAAUACGAGAAGGCGCACGGGCGCAGCAAGUACCGCCUGAAGCUGAAGGACGUCGGCUACCAAGGGCUCAUAUCGUAUCUGAAUGACACCCCGGUGUCCAUGCUGCUCUUCCGGUGUCUCCUGGAGCAGGUCCUGGGCUCAGACUCUCCCAGCUACAAGGACCUGAUGGCCGUGGUGUACCUGUCCCACCGGGCGGAGCUGGCGGUCAGGCUGGAUACCUGCCGGAAGCUCUUCCACCUGAUCUACUCCCAGCACGACAUGGUGAGGCAGCUGGCGAAGCUGGCCGGCUGGCAGGACACGCUCACCAAGCUCUACGUCAAGGAGGCUUCUCGGACCACUCUGUCUCCCCGACCGGCGGCUCCAAGCCCUUCCGUUCCUAUAACUUCAAAUCCUUCGACUCCUCGGACCGCACCAGCCACUCCUCCUCCUCCAACACUAGACAUCCCCGGCCAGGGGGAGGCCCCCUCCGCCGACGCCCUCCAGUUCGACAGCAUCUACCACCCGCUCUCGCCCUUCUGCAUGUCGCCCUUCGACCUCGGCCUCGACCUGGCCAGCACCUGCUCCACCGCCACGGUGGAGAGCGGCAACCAGACGCCGGGGAGCUUGCCGGGGACUCCCUCCCCUUUGGAGUACUUCAAACCUUUCCCGGGCAUGCGGGCUCGCAAAAGCUCCAGCCUCUCCAACGUCCUGGACGAAAGCAGCUACCAGGAGACGCUGGCCAGCGACGACGUCUCCAAUACCAGUAACCCCCAGCAAACGCCGGAGGAGGAGCUGUGCAACCUGCUGACCAACAUCAUCUUCUCGGUGACCUGGCGCGGGGUGGAGGGCUGGGACGACGCGGCCUGGAAGGAGCGCGGGCAGGUCUUCUCUGUCCUCACCAAGCUGGGCACAGCCUGCGAGCUGGUGCGGCCACCGGACGAGAUCAAGCGCAGCCUCCUGGAGAUGAUGUUGGAAUCGGCCUUCACGGACAUCAAGGAGUCGGCCCCGGCCACUUUGCCCAGCCUCACCCAGAACGUACUCAAGUUGCUGAGACUUCUCCAGGACUUCUUGUUUUCCGAGGGACACAACAACCAGGCGCUGUGGAGCGAGAAGAUCUACGAGGGGGUGAACAGCCUGCUGGACAAGCUGGGGGUGUGGUACCACUUGGCCAACGGGACCUCGGACCUGAAGGAGAUGGCUCAGAUCGGGCUGCGUGUCCUCGUCGGGUACAGCGGGCUGGAGGAGGCGCAGCUGCACUCGCUGGCCUACGUCAAGCUCCACGGCCUGCUCCAGACGGCCUCGGCCCCCAAGGAGGAGGAGGCCUGCUACCUGCUGGGCAAGCUGGAGAGCCCCCUGAGCCGCGCGCUGCACCCCAAGUCGGAGGCCUUCUCUUGGCUCCUGCCCAUCAUCCGCACGCUGCUGGACCAGUGCUACGACACGCUGCAGCUGCAGCGCUGGCUGCCCUCGCUGCCCCCCACCAACGGCAGCCCCACCUUCUACGAGGACUUCCAGCUCUUCUGCACCACCCCUGAGUGGAGGGCCUUCAUCGAGAAGCACGUACAGCCCAUGAUGGCGCAGUUUGAAAUCGACACGUUCGCCAAGAGUCACGACCACAUGUCCAAUUUCUGGAACUCCUGCUACGAUGCCUUGAUGAGCAGCUCCCUGCGCAGGGAGCGGGAGAAAGAGGAGAGCAGGAAGAAGUUCCAGGACCUGAUUCUGGAACCAGUGAUGAAGCGCUCCAGGUACGAGCACAUCCGGCACGUGAACGUCCUGAAGCAGAUCAACAACCACCACAGCGGCGUCCUGAAGCAGUGGAAAGCCCUGCACCGCCUGCUGACCUCGCAGCGCUCCGCCUGGGCCGACCGAAACCCCCCAGAGAUUCGCUGGAAGCUGUCGAGUGCCGAGACCUACUCCAGAAUGAGGCUGAAGCUGGUCCCCAACUAUCACUUCGACCGCCACGUGGAGGCUAGUGCCCUCCGGGACAACCUAGGCGCGGAUCAUUCUCACACCCCUGCGGAGCCUCUGCCGCUGGCCGUGGCCAAGGAGGCGAAGGUGAGCGAGCUGGAGGAUGAUCAGCUGGCGGAGGAAGACCUCGAGUUCUUGGACAAUCAGGCUGAACCCAAAGAACAGAGCCAGAGGGAGAAGCUGGUGAUCUCCGAGGACUGUGAGCUCAUCACCAUCGUGGCUGUGAUCCAGGGCCGGCUGGAGGUCACCACGCAGCACGUCUACUUUUACGACUGCAGCAGCGAGAAGGAGGAGACGGAGGAAGGGAUCGGUUAUGACUUCAAGCGCCCCCUGUCUCAGCUCCGGGAAGUGCACCUCCGCCGUUACAACCUCCGCCGGUCGGCUCUGGAGUUCUUCUUCAUCGACCAGGCCAACUACUUUGUCAACUUCAGGAAGAAGGUUAGAAAUAAGGUGUAUUCCUGUAUUCUGGGCCUGCGCCCGCCCAACCAGAUCUACUUCGGCAGCCGGUCACCCCAGGAGCUGCUGAAGGCCUCAGGACUGACUCAGAAAUGGGUCUACAGGGAGAUCUCCAACUUCGAGUACCUGAUGCAGCUGAACACGAUCGCGGGGCGCACCUACAACGACCUGUCGCAGUACCCCGUGUUCCCUUGGAUCCUGCAGGACUACGUCUCCGAGACGCUGGACCUGAGCGACCCGGACGUGUUCCGGGAUCUCUCCAAACCCAUCGGGGUGGCCAACGAGAGACACGCCAAGGACGUGAAGGAGAAGUACGAGAGUUUUGAGGACCCCACGGGCAUGAUCGACAAGUUUCACUACGGCACACACUACUCCAACGCGGCGGGCGUCAUGCACUACAUGAUCCGGACCGAGCCCUUCACCACCCUUCACAUCCAGUUGCAGAGCGGCCGGUUUGACUGCUCGGACCGCCAGUUUCACUCGGUGCCCGCGGCCUGGCAGGCGCGCAUGGAGAACCCGGUGGACGUGAAGGAGCUGAUCCCGGAGUUCUUCUAUUUCACCGACUUCCUGGAGAACCAGAACGGGUUCGACCUGGGCUGUCUGCAGAUGUCGAACGACCAGGUGAAUGACGUUGUCCUCCCGAAGUGGGCCAAAUCCCCGGAGGAUUUCGUCCACAAGCACCGGAAAGCGCUGGAGUCGGAGCACGUGUCUGCCCACCUCCACGAGUGGAUCGACCUGAUCUUCGGAUACAAGCAGAGGGGCCCGGCCGCUGUGGAGGCGCUCAAUGUCUUCUAUUACUGCACGUACGAGGGGGCCGUGGACCUGGACGCCAUUGCUGACGAGACGCAGAGGAAGGCUUUGGAAGGCAUCAUCAGCAACUUUGGGCAGACCCCCUGCCAGCUGCUCAAGGAACCUCACCCAGUGCGCCUCUCGGCCGAAAACGCCGCCAGGAGGCUGGCCCGGCUCGACACGUACUCCCCCAACGUCUUCGAGAACCUCGACCAGCUCAAGUCCUUCUUCGUCGAGGGGAUCAGCGAUGGGGUCCCGCUGGUGCAGGCUGUGGUCCCCAAGAACCAGGCCCAUUCCUUCAUCACGCAGGGCUCCCCAGACGUGCUGGUCACGGUGAGCGCCAACGGCCUGCUGGGAACCCACGGCUGGCUGCCCUACGACAAAAACAUCUCCAACUACUUCAGCUUCACCAAAGACCCCACCGUCUCCAACGCAAAAGCCCAGCGCUUCCUCUCCGGCCCCUUCGCCCCGGGGGUGGAGGUGUCCUCGAAGACACUGACCGUCUCUCCCGACGGGAAGCUCCUCUUCAGCGGGGGGCACUGGGACAACAGCCUGCGUGUCACGUCGCUGAGCAAAGGGAAGGUCGUCGGGCACAUCACCAGGCACAUAGAUGUGGUCACCUGCCUGGCGCUCGAUCUGUGCGGAAUCUACCUCAUUUCAGGCUCCCGGGAUACCACCUGCAUGGUCUGGCAGGUCCUGCAGCAGGGUGGGUUUUCCAGUGGCCUGGCUCCCAAACCUGUCCAAGUCCUGUACGGUCACGACGCCGAGGUGACGUGCGUCGCCAUCAGCACCGAGCUGGACAUGGCCGUGUCGGGGUCGAAGGACGGCACCAUCAUCGUCCACACCAUCCGCCGGGGCCAGUUCAUGAAGUCCAUCAAGCCCCCCUGUGAGAGCUCGCUGCCCGCCACUGUCUCAAACCUCGCCGUGGGCCUGGAGGGCCAGAUCAUCGUCCAGACCACCGUGGCGGGGAGAUCCUCCCUGAAGGAUAAAUUUGCCCUGCACCUUUAUUCCGUCAACGGCAAGCAUCUCUCCUCCGUCCUGCUGGAGGAGCACGUCACAGCCCUGUGUGUCACCGAGGAGUUCGUGGUUCUGGGGACCAUGCAGUGUUCUCUCCAGAUCUUGGAUCUUCAGAGCCUCCAAGCAGCGGUGUUGCCAAUGCCCAUGAAGGUCCCGGUUCACAGCGUGUCCGUGACCAAGGAGAAGAGUCACAUCCUGGUGGGGCUGGAGGAUGGGAAGCUGAUUGUGGUGGGAGCAGGCCAGCCCUCGGAGGUGCGGACGGGGCAGUUCCACAGACGGCUGUGGCGUUCCACGCGCCGGAUCUCCCAGGUCUCCUCCGGAGAGACCGAGUACAACCCGCCCGAGUCCAAGGGACAGGCUUGAUGUGAGGUGACCUGUCCCCAGAGCAUUACUGGACAGAGAUGUCCUGCAGCAGGACGUCUCUGAGGGGUGGCGGAGGGGGCCGGUCCAGCCUCGCCACUCGGAGGUAUCUGCACUUCCCCAGGGAGCAUGGCGAUCACCGGGAACCGUGGGAGCCUUGCCGCACCGGGGCUCUCGACCACUCGCUCUCCGAGUAUGCAGAGCUCCGGAUCCCUUUCCGAGCCAGGGGCCUGCACCGGUGACCCUGGCUCGCCGAGCCAGGAUGCACGUGGGAUGAUCUGGCGUCCCCCCAGCCCAUCCCGUUUCCUGCAGAGCUUGAAGUGAAAAACGUUUUUGUAUUCUUCUUUGUGACUUUCUCGCUGGAUGGAGAGGCCAGGAAACCCGCAGCCGGUGCCCCCUGCCGCCCAGCAGGGAAACAUCGCAAUAGAUGCGAGCCGAUGACCAUCGCUGCAUUCUCAGUCCUCCUUGGGUGGCCUUAACCAGACCCUGUUGCACUACGUAGAGAACUUGUACCAAAACCAAGGACUGCUUUCGGCAGGAGGCCUAUCUGCUGCAGAAAAGCUUUAAUGUGAUGAGACUGGCGAGAGCCUGUUCUGUUUUCCUCCCAGAGGUUGAAUUUUGGAGGGCAACAAAUACCAGGGGCCCACAAAGAAACCUACUGAUCCCCAAAUCCUAGAUGUGUAUAGACCCCCUGCUGGCAAAGAAGGGUGUUGCGCUUUCAUUGGGAUUCUUCAAAAUAUGGUUUGUCUGCCUCUUCCAACAGGGGCACCCAAAUCCAGCACCUCCCAGGGCCCCCGUCAUUUGCUGGUGGGGCCUCUUCUAACUUUCCUAUUGAUUUAUACGUUUUUUAAAAAAACAAAAAUAAAUGUGCACAAUCUUCUUGUCUCCCAAGACUGGUCUGUUCCAUGGAGUACGAGCCGGCGGGGCUCAUUGGAUGACUUCACCAGCAAUAAAACCCGGCCGUUCGUUAGCUUUGCCUUCCUCCUGCAGCUCCGCGGCUGUAACGGAACUCCUGCCUGGCUGCGCACCGGAUACCCCUGCUUGUAGCGGGAAGGAGAGUUCUUCUGUCUGUCCGUCCGUCUGUUUCUGAUACUGAAGUGGCACAUCGUAAAUAGGAAUUGGCCCAGAAAGAGGCUUGUUUUUGCAGCCAACGGCCAACCCUUCGCUGCUCUUAACCAACUGGGUGGGUUGGGGGGGUGGUCCAGUCCUGCAGACUUUCCAUCCCUGGUCAUGGUGAGUUUUGAACCCCACGCUGGCACCUUCUCUGAGGGACCCAGGUUCUGAUCUCUGCAUGGCCAAGGCCUUGUUGAUCCAGAGAGGAACGGGGGAUGGGGGGUUGCGUUAGGCUAGAAGCAGCCGUCUGAGGUUAGUGAUGUUUGUGCCUUGGGCAUCUCCCCAUUCAGACCUAGCUCGCAGCAGCAGGGAGCCCAGCAGUCCCCGUGAAAACGGAACAUUCCAUGUUUACGAUGCAGGGCAUGAGCCCAUCACCAGAGCGUCUGGGAGUGAAUGGCCCCCAAACAAGGGGGCGAUGGAUCGAUCCUUGCAGGACACGGUUACUGUCACUUAGCUGGAAGGUGGAGGGAGCUGCCGUGUUGUUCCCCACACUUCCUCUCCCUGAUUUAAAAACUCUCCUUCCAUCAGGUAAGCCAGGGGUGGAAGAGACUGGUGGGGCUUUACUCCAGCCAUGCUCCGGAUGCGUCUGGGUGGAGAGCUGUGGAACCCACAGCCUUUCUGCCUCGUGUUGAUGUUUGCAAUAACAAGCGCCCUGGUGCCAGUCAGCUCUCCCUGCCCCUGGCGCCAGUGACUGUCCAUCACUGGGCUGGGCUUUGGUUUGGAGAGGAAGGGUAGUGAUUAGCUUGAUGCCGUAGGGAAUUCCACACCUGACUCCAACCCCCCUCGAACUCGGGAGAUGUUGGUAUCUUGGCUUGAGCUUCAUAAACGGCUGGAUCCAAACUUCCCAGAGACAGGGGAGCGGAGAUUCAGUUCUGGAUCCAAAGCUCAUGACUCAAUCCCAUCUCUCUGCAGAACCCCAUGAAACUUCACGGUCCUAGAGUCAGGAGGGGUUGUAGUGAGGUGGGGUGUGGGUUGAAGAGCAGUCUGUCCUUUCCCCUCCUCCCCAACCCAUUCCCUGGCUCUAGGAAAGGGAUCUCUCCCCUGCCCCCGUAUACUCUAGGUAUGUUACGCCACAGUAUGGAGACAGGCUGCUCCCCCAUGACCAGGGAUUUCUCCUAGAAGUCGCAGGUCCCUGGUGAAGAUCUGUGGGAGGGAGGCAGGGUGGAUGGUAUGAAACGCAAAGAGAUGGUCAAGGAAUGUUACCAUCUGAGUUCGAUUCUUGACGGGCUCAAAGCCAUGUGCCCUGGGUUGCUAGUCACUAUCCCGUUGAGCGAUGUGCUUUGCUUUUAUUAUUCAUAACAAUGGGUCGUUAAAGCCGCUGCACCUUCCAUCCUUGCAACUUUCUUCCGUCGGUCCGCCAGGGUCCCUUUCCGUCAAACUACAACAGAGGAUGGUUACAAAUGGUUUGGAUCUUCCACGCCGUGACGCCUCCUGACCAAAAAAGGGACAGUCUCUGCCUUGGGACACUGUCAUUCGGUAGCUUCUUUCCAACAAGGGCUGAGAGGAGAGGACAUGGGUCCGUUGUGGCUCAUGCUGGAGGAAACAUCUACUGUAGGCCUGGGACAAUCAUCUGCAGAUGCUGAAUUGCAAAUGCCACUAAGAAGGGGAGAGAGGCUCUCUAAAUGCACUGCUUGUUAGCCACCGGACCCUGUUGCGUGCGGAGGUUGCUGCUGGUCUGGAGGUGACUUUGUGAUGGGUGGCUGGUUAGAUCACGCUCGUGCACUGAACAGCACCUCAAUUCUCUUCACAAAGAAAAACAAAAAAGGCAAGAAGAACCAACACUGGGCAAGAGGCUCAAACAAUGCUCUCAACUUCAUACCCUGGGUGAAGAUCAGGGUUUAACCACCGACAGUGCAAUAUUUGCAACUUGUAGAGAAGACGUUUUUUAGCACGUGUGCUGUAUUGAGGUUUGUGUGUAUAUAAUACUAUAUAUAUAUAUAUAUAUAGUUUUUGUAACUUUUUUGAAUGAUGUAAAUCUAAAGAUUUCUACUACUUUUUUUUCCAAAAACGGGGUGGUAAGUAUUUGGAGCUUCCCAGAAUCCCGCUGGCUUUUAUAGAGCACCAAGGGACCUACAAGCCUCACCGUGGAUUUUUCUGUCAUCCUUCUUAGAAUUGCUCGGGACAGUGGAAAUUCAAGGGGUCGUUGCUGGCCCUGUUCUGAAGAUGCUUGAAUGCCAGGGGUACCUGCUCUCUGGUUGGCCUCUGCCAUGUUCUUCUACUUGAAGAAUUUUUUCUUUCCCUCCUUUCACUUUGCUUGUACCUUCUCUGGUUAUAUGGAGUCAGGAUGCAACUUGCUGAGGGCUCUUUCUGCUCCAGGCUUCUUCACAGAUAGCAAUGCUUGGGCCAUGCUCUGAGACUUCUGUGUGGGGAAGAAUCUGGCAGGUUGGGAUGCUCCCCUUCAAGGGGAAUGGUUUCCUUCUGACCUGCAAGAUUCCUUCCAGCUCCACUCAUCCCUGGAAUAACAAUGUGAAACCUGGUCUUCAAUCUUGAGUGUCUACGUUACAGGGCCCGGUUGUUUAAGUUGUCAUUUGGGCAAGCUAACGUAAGCACCCAAAUUUGGAAAAAAAACUGGCCCCCAUGCCUAAUCCCUGCGUGCAGUGUGGUAUGACUGUGGGGUGGUUACAUGGGGGCCCCCCUACUUCUCUACCUCUUUUGGGAAAUGAAUGGCUCAUGGUGGAUCUGCCUUUUGGGGAAGUGAAUUCAAGCAAGUGGUUUGACUAGGGUAGCACCACUGGUACUCCCAGCUCUCCGGCCUGCCGCAUGUAGUGUUGGAGCCUUCGUGCCAAUCAGUUGUGCAACACACUGAUCUCCAAGCAUCCUGAAUCUUGGGGAGGAGGCGUGUUAACAAAUCCACCAUCCUUGUGUGAGAUUGCAUCCCAUGCAGAUUUGAAUGCAGUUCUCAUUCCUGUAUGGAAUAGAGCAGUGUUUGCUUGGGGAGACUGGCAAAGAAUUUGCAGUCACAGGUUGAUAGCUGAGAGCCAACCCAGGAAUUCAGACUCCCCGUCUCUGACCAAGUGGUCCUCCAGGCAUUAUUUAUGGAACCAUUGCCUAUGCUUUUCCUUUAGAGCCAGCCGUGAGGAGAAAUGGACUAGCCAAGUCUUUCACUCACACACUCCAGUCCCCACUGUCCAGCAGGGAAGAGAAGGGCGAAUGACAAAUCCACACAAGGGGUGUGUUUGGUGCUCAGAAAAAUGUAUUUCUAUUGUAGCUUUGUCUACAGAUUCUUUCCAAAAGUAAAAUAAAGCACAAUCCGAUUAAAAAAAACAUUUAUGCCUUAAACUUGAAGAGGAACAUGGCCUCAUUCUGUAGGGGGAUGGGUUGUCCGGUUUGCUAGCAAUGUACGGUGGAUGUGAUCUUUAAUAAACUUUAUAAA